AUGCCCUCCGAGGCCUCCUUGCCCGACUUGGAGGUGAAGACCAGCAGCCUCUGGUUCCGGCCGAUCAUGUCGUUGACCGUCGGCCAGUCUUGUCCGUUCUUCGGCAUCCGAGACACCGGAAACCAGAACUUCCUGAGACCGGCGGCGUCGAAGACCUUCGUUAGGCCCCGGGGGGAGGUCACGUAG